AUGUGCAAGACGGGAAUGGAGACUGUUGGGAAACCACCCAACAGAGUCGACCUGGAUACCCAAUUUGGGCAGGAAUUUGCCCAAAAUGUCGCCGCCGCUGCUGCGUUGGCUACAACCGGAAUGAUUUGGGUGCCUCGUACGGUACUUCUGGAUUUCUGCUUGGCCAACGGAAUGGGCACAUCUUCGAACAGAGCAUCACCGAGCUGA